CAUUUCAUUUCACCAUGGAAAUGGCAUUGCUAGCGGUUUUUCUUAUCUCAGCUGCUGCUUGUUCAUCAGUCACUGAAGCAGCCAAGGCCUACGACUACUUCCAGUUCGUACAACAAUAUCCUAUUACCUUAUGCAUGUUCGACACAAGUUGCAUUCCAGGACAAUCACUGCCUCGAUACUUCUACAUCCACGGCUUAUGGCCCAGUAACUUCACUUAUCCGCAUGACGAUUGUGUGGGUACACUGUUCGACUACAAUCAGAUGAGCAGUGAUCCUACUCUCUCAAACAAUUUGCUGCAAUCAUGGCCCAGCUUCACGUCCAAAUCCCACAUCAAAUUCUGGGCGGAUGAGUAUCACAAGCACGGGACCUGUUCGGAGAUAGACUACCCGCAGCACCGCUAUUUUGCCGAAGCCCAUAUGCUCUGGACGUUCGUCAAUGCAUACCGUAUCUUAGCAACAUACAACAUCGUUCCCGGCAGAACCUACCCUGCGGUUGACAUUAUAUACUUCGUCCAAGCAGCACUCAAAGGAAUCACACCAUCUGUUAUGUGCAAGGCCAAUUCUGCGGGUCAAGAAUAUCUCCACGAGAUCAUCAUAUGUCUUGACAAAACGCUUACCAGAUUCAUCAAUUGUGUUCGACCAUCCACUUGCCGUACUACAGCGGUAAUGUAUCCCUAG